GUUUUUGUCUGGGCUCCUGCUUGCAGUUCCCUCUACGAAAGUACUACUAUGUUGACAAGUUAGUGACCUGGCCUCAAGCUCAGCUGUACUGCAGGGAGCAUUACACCGACCUCGCCACGUUUGAGAGCAUGGACGACAUAAACAGACUGGAACCUGAUAUUUCCUAUACUUGGGCCUGGAUCGGACUCUGGGAUGAUCCGAAUGUUUGGAAAUCUGAAAUGGGCAACGAGUCCAACUCCUGGAGAUGGUCUGCAACUGGAGAAACCAGUAAAACUGGUUACCAGUCGUGGGCCACUGGUGAUCCAGACUUCGGAUAUUCAGGGGAGAUGUGCACGUUAAUGGUUAAUGGUGGGCAGUGGUAUAAUGGUAACUGUGAUGUGGAACUCAAAUUUAUUUGUUACAAUGUGACAGAGCACAAUCUGAAACAAUUUGUGUUCAUUGCAACUUUGAAAACAUGGAGUUCUGCUCAAACAUACUGCAGAAUGCAUCACACCGACUUGGCAAUGAUUGAAAACGAGGCAGAAAACUCUGAAGUCAGACACUUAAUUCCAGUUGGAGUCGAUGUUUGGAUCGGUCUGUACCGAGUGCCAUGGAGCUGGUCUGACAAGAGUCCCAGCCGAUUCCAACGAUGGGGCAAUUCCGAACCAAACAACGUAGAGGGCAUCCAGCACUGUGUCUGCGAGAAUACACUACAUCAGUGGGGUGACGAAAGGUGUCAUGCCACCAAAGUCUUCAUUUGCGAACAAGUGGUAAAAACGAGCACCACUGUGAAAAUGAUGACGAGCGACGUCGAUCUGACCGAUCCAGCCGUCAACGCCCAUGUCCUCCAGCAGCUUGGCACCUUGCUGACAAACCGGGGAUGGACAGAUUUCAAAGUGCAAUGGAAGAUUAUCUCCAAGAAAAACAAAGAAAACUGAAUGCAGCAAAUUAACUGCUGAUUUAUAGGCCUUGUGAUUUCACCUUUUGGUCAAAUCAGAUUGCAAAUGAUUGUAAUAGAAAGUAAUGGUAUCUUAGGUUUUAAAGGGGACCUAUUACACAAAAUUCACUUUUUGUACAUCUUUAUACUUACAUUUGGCUUUCAACUGCUUCUAAGAACAGUUGAAGUACUUCAAAAGACUGUUUUGAGGCUCAAUAAAAUAUUUUUUAAUUGAAUUGAAUUUUGGGAGAAAAAAAAGAAAAAAAAAGCACCAAGCCGUUUUUAGGCAGCAAGUUAUGGUUGUUUUGGUGUCUGAAAAAUGAGUCACAGUCAGGCACUGUGCCGUUUCCUAGCAACCCCAGCCCGUCGCCUAGCAACCCAAGCUGAGUUCCGCCAUGUUUGGGCAGCUGGUUUUACCGCUGAGUACGUUGUUCAACGGAAAAGACCAGUGUUUUAUUGUUGACUUACCAUCCAGAAAUAUUACUUAAUAAUGAUUUUGUGCAAAGAAAAUGUAACAAGCCUGUUUUUUAUACCUGUUCAAGGCAGCAUAACAGGUCACCUUUAAAACAAGAUACCUGAAAAUAAUAAAUUAGCGCUUUAGCAUAUCAUAAAGCUGCCAAUGUAAAAUGAAGCAUGAACAGAUAAACUAAAAAUGUGUAGCUGAAUUUCCUCUAUCCACUUGUAGAAGAUAUAACCACAUAGUCACUGGAACCGUUUAAGCAUCCCUCAUUUGAUUAAUAGUCUUGUUUUUAAUGGAGUUGAACUGUAAUGUCAGGCUGUUUUGCUUUUGUUUAAACUUUAAACUGUAUCAACUGUGACGAGUUUCUAGAUUAGCUGAGAUUUCCUCAGCAAGGAAAUUAAGUUUAGUAGCUUAGUAUUUUUGUGUAAUUGCAAGUCAUAACAGAAUGUGCAAAAUGUAAAUGAAACAAUGCAUGUAUUUUUUCUUUCUAUCUAUUCUUAAUCUGGUUGUGCAAACAAAUCCAGGUUUACUUACUGGUUUGUAUUUGAUUUGAUUGAUAAUGUAGCGUAAGAAAAUGUAAGACCACCAUAUAAUAUCAAUAUGUUCUGCAUUCUGUUUUAGUUCUAAAAGAGCUUUUAAUAAAACUUUUAAAUAAAAAAAAAAAGCAAAAAAAAUUGGCAGAAUGAUUUUAUUUUGAAGUUACAGAUUGAGGCAGACUAAAUACAAAAGACACCAGACAUUUUUUGGGAUUAAUUAAAAGGAAAAAAAAAACUUACAUAAUUUUUCUUACACUUCACAACUAUAUGCUACUUUGUGUUGGUCUAUUACAUGAAAUCAUA